UGGAAGUGCUGACAGAUCAAGGCAACAAAUUUCAAUUACAAUCCCUAAUUUGUGUCCGCAGAGUGUUUUUUACCCCUGUUAGUCCUCUUUGGCGCAUCAGUUGAGGCAGAUCUUGGAAGAGCAGGAAGAGGUGGAAGGGGUGGGAGCGAAGGAGUGCAUCAGUGAGAGCGCGCACGAGAGACCGAGGAGAGGAAACUUGGCGGGCGCGCCGCUGGUUCCUCGGAUCCCAACACAAGCGAGAAAGAGGAAACGCCAAAUUUGUUUUUGCCCGCGGCGGGGAAGGGGGCAGUUCUCGGCCUGCGGGAGGCCUCCGCCGUCGUUCAAAUUUUGGUGGGGGAAGGAGAGCGAGUGUGCGUGUGUGCCCGUGUGAGUGUAUAUGAGCGAGGGGCGAGCGGGCGCCGGGCGGCGGGGAUGGCCGAGAAGCGGAGGGGCUCGCCGUGCAGCAUGUUAAGCCUUAAGGCGCACGCCUUCUCCGUGGAGGCGCUGAUCGGCGCGGAGAAGCAGCAACAGCUUCAGAAGAAGCGGCGGAAGCUGGGCGCGGAAGAGGCAGCCGUGGCCGAAGAGGACGGAGGCUGCAGCCGCGGCGGCGAAAAGGGCUCCCCCGAGGGAGACGAAGGCAAUGCUCUCCCGCCGCCGGCUGGGGCGGCAUCCGGGCCCGCCCGCAGCUGCGCUGACCUGGAGCUGAGCUGCAGCUCCCGCGGAGCCGCGGGAGGCUGUGAGGACGGCUUCCUGCAGGGCUCGUCCCCACUGGCGUCCCCGGGAGGCUCUCGAAAGGGCUCCCCGGCUCCGGCUCCGGCCCUGGCCAGGCCUGGGACCCCGCUGCCAUCACCGCAGGCCCCGCGGGUGGAUCUGCAGGGAGCUGAGCUCUGGAAGCGCUUUCACGAGAUCGGCACAGAGAUGAUCAUCACCAAGGCGGGCAGGCGCAUGUUUCCAGCAAUGAGAGUGAAGAUCUCAGGAUUAGAUCCUCACCAGCAAUAUUACAUUGCCAUGGAUAUUGUGCCAGUGGACAACAAGAGAUACAGGUAUGUUUACCACAGCUCUAAAUGGAUGGUGGCAGGAAACGCUGACUCCCCUGUGCCACCCCGGGUGUAUAUUCAUCCAGACUCGCCUGCCUCAGGGGAGACUUGGAUGAGACAAGUGAUCAGCUUCGACAAGCUAAAGCUCACCAACAAUGAACUGGAUGACCAAGGCCAUAUUAUUCUUCAUUCUAUGCACAAAUACCAACCACGCGUCCAUGUCAUCCGUAAAGACUGUGGAGAUGACCUUUCUCCCAUCAAGCCUGUGCCUUCUGGGGAGGGAGUGAAAGCCUUCUCCUUUCCCGAAACUGUCUUCACCACCGUCACGGCCUAUCAGAAUCAGCAGAUUACUCGCUUGAAGAUAGAUAGGAAUCCAUUUGCCAAAGGCUUCCGAGACUCUGGGCGAAACAGAAUGGGUUUGGAAGCCCUUGUGGAGUCGUAUGCAUUCUGGAGACCUUCACUACGGACUCUCACCUUUGAAGAUAUUCCUGGGAUUCCCAAGCAAGGAAAUACAAGUUCCUCCACCUUACUCCAAGGUUCUGGGAAUGGCGUUGCUGCCACCCAUCCUCAUCUUUUGUCUGGUUCCCCUUGCUCCUCUCCUGCCUUCCAUCUGGGGCCCAAUACCAGCCAGCUGUGUAGCCUGGCCCCGGCUGACUACUCCGCCUGCACCCGGUCAGGCCUCACCCUCAACCGAUACAGCACAUCCUUGGCGGAGACCUACAAUAGGCUCACCAACCAGACCAGCGACACCUUCGCCCCGCCCAGGACUCCCUCCUAUGUGGGCGUGAGCAGCAGCGCUUCUGUGAACAUGUCGAUGGGUGGCGCUGAUGGGGACACCUUCAGCUGCCCACAGACCAGCCUGUCCAUGCAGAUUUCGGGGAUGUCCCCUCAGCUCCAGUACAUCAUGCCUUCACCCUCCAGCAACGCCUUUGCUGCUAACCAGACCCAUCAGGGUUCCUAUAACACUUUCAGGUUACACAGCCCCUGUGCCUUGUAUGGAUAUAACUUCUCCACAUCCCCCAAACUGGCUGCCAGCCCUGAGAAAAUUGUUUCCUCCCAAGGAAGUUUCUUGGGGUCCUCACCGAGUGGGACCAUGACUGAUCGGCAGAUGUUACCCCCUGUGGAAGGAGUGCACCUGCUUAGCAGUGGGGGCCAGCAGAGUUUCUUUGACUCUAGGACCCUAGGAAGUUUAACUCUGUCAUCAUCUCAAGUGUCUGCACAUAUGGUCUGAUGAAGCCUUUAAGUCUACGAUACAUUCGAAUUGAUCUAAUGUAUUUUCUGUCCUCAUUUUCUCUCUCUCUCUCUCUCUUUUUUUUUUUUAAAAAAGCAAUAUGAAAAGAAACUAUGAGUAGCUUGUAAAAUGUACAUAUAAUAGAAAAUGAAUACUCACUGA